UUCAGUCUAAAAGAAAAUAUAGCAAUGGAAAGGACUAAGACAUUCAUUUUCAUUUUGUGUAGUAUUUUUCUGAAGUUAUUUGUAGUUAAGGGGAAGGAUAUAUAUUUGGUUUUCCUUGUUGAACCAGUACAGAAUGAUAUAAUCAAUGAUAUUUCUACUGCUCUCAAGGACGUUCAACAAUUUCACUACAACGCGGAGAUAAAGGAAAAUAUCUUGGUAAAUUCAGGAAAUACCAAAAGUGAUAUUGAAAAUCUUUGCAGCGUUCUAUCAGAACACAUCGCCUUUGUUAUUGACUUUAGCUAUCAACCAUGGAUAGAGAGUACUGAAUUCUACAAAAACAUUCCCUAUAUUCGUGUGGAUUUAAUAAUCUCACCAAUUUUAAAGAUUUUUGCCAAUUUCCUGAAAGAAAAAUCAGCUAACGAUGUCGCUUUAAUAUUCGAAAGCGAACAAGAUACCGAAGAAGCUCUGUUUCGGGUCAUUCAAGGAUAUCCAUUUCGAGUUGUUCUUGUUAAUUCAGCGGAAAAUGAUUUUAUAAAACGUUUGAAAAAUUUACGACCAUGUCCGUCAUAUUUUGCUGUUCUUUCACGAACGGAAAAUAUGAAUACAAUUUUUGAAAAUAUCAAUGACGCAAAAAUGUUUGCUCGAUCAAAAGAAUGGCAUUUUAUAUUUUUGGAUUCAAAGGAUAACGAUUUCAAGUACAGUGAGCUGGUUGAGAAUUCUACGAAAUUUAGUAUCAAAACAAAAGAGAUGUGUGAAGCGUUGGACAUAAAAGAGAACUACUGUCUCUCAGAGUUUAAGAUACAAAAAUUCGUAGUCUUAGAAAUAAUGAAAAGAAUCCAAGAAUUUUCGGCAAACAAUGAUUUGCAGGAGCUUCGGCCAUUUUCUUGCUAUAACGCCACACCAUAUCUUACUGAAUUUGAUCUGAAAUCUGAGUUCAAAGAAUCCAAUUUUUUGACUAUCAACGACAAUCUAAUUUCGUAUGAUCUUAAUAUGUCGAUUAGUUCAUUUUCCAAUGUCCCUGAAGAUAUAACAAACUUGGCACUAUGGCAAAAAGGAGAACUAAAGAAAAUAAACGCAACCAUAAAUCCUGCAAAGAGAUUUUUCCGCAUCGGAACUGCUGAGGCUCUACCAUGGAGUUAUUAUCGAAGAGAUGAACAAAGUGGAGAGAUUUUGCUCGAUGAAAAUGGUCAACCAAUUUGGGAAGGUUAUUGUAUUGAUUUCAUAGAAAUUCUCUCACAAUAUAUGAAUUUUGAAUAUGAACUUGUUCCACCGUCGAGUGGUUCAUUUGGUAAAAGAUUCCCGAACGGAAGUUGGGAUGGAGUUGUCGGAGACUUAGUUACUGGAGAUACUGACUUUGCUGUGGCAGCAUUGAAAAUGACAUCAGAACGUGAGGAAGUAAUCGAUUACAUUGCUCCUUACUAUGAACAAACUGGGAUAUCAAUAGUUAUUCGAAAAGCAGUGAGACAAACUUCUCUGUUUAAAUUCAUGACGGUUUUGCGGUUGGAGGUUUGGUUAAGUAUAGUAGCAGCUUUAGUUGCCACUGCCAUAAUGAUAUGGUUAUUGGAUAAAUAUUCACCUUACAGCGCUAAGAACAACAAGGAUGCGUAUCCUUAUCCUUGUAGAGAAUUCACCUUGAAAGAGAGCUUCUGGUUUGCUUUGACUUCUUUCACACCCCAAGGUGGUGGUGAGGCCCCCAAAGCUAUUUCCGGACGUAUUCUUGUUGCAGCUUAUUGGUUAUUUGUUGUUCUAAUGUUGGCAACAUUCACUGCCAAUUUAGCUGCAUUCCUAACUGUUGAGCGAAUGCAAACUCCGGUGCAAUCUUUGGACCAACUUGCCAGGCAAUCGAGAAUUAACUACACAGUUGUUGAAGGCUCUGAUACUCAUAGCUAUUUCAUUAAUAUGAAAUUUGCCGAGGACACUUUGUACCGGUUAUGGAAGGAAUUGUCCUUAAAUGCAACAAAUGACCAAGGACGUUACAGAAUUUGGGACUAUCCAAUCAAGGAACAAUAUGGACACAUUCUUUUGGCUAUCAAUUCAUCGAUUCCUGUCAAGGAUGCUGCCGAAGGAUUUCGCAAAGUUAACGAGCAUGAAAACGCUGAUUUUGCUUUUAUUCAUGACUCAGCUGAAAUAAAAUAUCAAAUCACAAAAAAUUGUAAUCUAACUGAGGUGGGAGAGGUUUUUGCUGAACAGCCAUAUGCAAUAGCAGUUCAACAAGGAAGCCAUCUAUCGGAUGAAAUAAGCUAUGCCAUAUUAGAACUACAAAGGGAUCGUUACUUCGAAGGUCUUUCAGCAAAAUAUUGGAAUAAUUCCCUAAAUAAAGAAUGUUCGCGCUCAGAGGAUCAAGAAGGCAUAACUUUGGAGAGUUUGGGUGGGGUUUUCAUAGCAACACUAUUUGGUUUGGCUUUAGCUAUGAUAACUUUAGCAGCUGAGGUUGUUUAUUAUAAGAAAAAGACUAAAGCCGAAAAAUCUAAGAUCAUUGCAGUUAAACAAGUUAAGCCGAUUAAAUCUGUGGCAGGUUCAACGCCACCUCCAACUUUUGAAGCAGCGACAUUUCGUGGAAGAAAGAUACCGGAUAAGAUUACUCUUGGCGAUGAAUUUAAACCAUCAAUUAUGAAGAAAAAGGAAAAACUUGGCUAUUUUCCAUCACAAUCAAAAGAUUUUACACCAAAAUACUAUGAGUAAAGAGAUUCUAAGUCAUUGUUAAAAAGUGAAAUAUGUUUUAAAAUUACUCGAGUCUACACUGUAGUUUACACUUCAAAAGCAAAUAUGGUUUUAGUCAUAGUCAUAUUUUUGUUUCGUUAAGUUGGACCAAUAAAUAUUAGAAUUCAAA